AUGUCCACGGAGAACGAGAUAGAAUUAGUUGCUGUCUCAGCUCGGAGCUCGACUUUCGACGGUACAGUAGAAACUCCAACUUCGCAGGACCCGCCUAGAGUGGAGACCGGCAAUGCCGCCCUGCGGAGUCAAGAGCAACUGAACGAUCAUCAGAUAGAAGCCCUUCCACCCGUGGAUGGUGGUAAACAAGCUUGGCUCUUCUUGAUAGGUGCGACCUAUAUGGAGACGCUCAUAUGGGGACUACCGUUCUCCAUCGGUAUCUUGCACGUGUACUGGACAAAUACAUUAUUCCAAGGGCAGGGCGCUUCUGCGAUAACUUUAGCUGCUACUCUACAGACCGGUUUGCUGUACAUGGCAUGUGCUUUCUUCGGACCGAUAUUCGCUGCAAUCCCACGAUGGACUAAGACUUUACAAGUGAUCGGUCUGAUAAUAGGCUCUGUGUCCAUGAUCUCGAGUGCAUUCGUUACGAAGCCAUGGCAUCUUAUCGUCACUGUUGGUAUCUUCUAUCCUAUGUCUUGCGCCUGUUACUUCCCUUGUGCAACCCUGCUAUUCGAAUGGUGGCAUGCUCGAAGAGGAUUUGCAUCUGGCACGAUGUAUGCUGGUACUGGGGUGGGCGGCACUGUCUUCCCAUUCAUCAUGCAGGCUCUACUAGAAAGAUUCAGCUACAAGGCAGCCAUGAUCGCCUUGGGCUUGGGAUAUCUAGUAACAGGAAGUAUCGCACUCAUACCUAUCAAGCGAAGAAUUCCUCUAUCGAGAUACGAUCAAGACGGUAUCAGUCGAAUUAGACCAAGAAUCGACUGGUCUUUCGGAAAAAGAAAGGCCCUUUGGCUGGGUAUGAUGGUGAUUGGUGUGACAAGUCUGGGUAAUUUCGUUCCUAGUUUAUGGUUGCCUUCCUACGCCGACGACUUGGGUCUACACAGUCCUAAUGGAACAGCUCUGGUAGCUAUUCUGAACGCUGCUACUGCCAUAGGAAAUGGAUUAUUGGGAUACCUUUCUGACAAAAUGUCACUGAGAUCAACCAUAUUCAUCUCAUGUGCGGGGAGUGCAGCAGCUUGCGCAUUCUUGUGGGGUUUCGGUCAGAAUUCCGGCGUCUUGGUGACAUUUGCGAUUAUCUUCGGUCUUCUCGGUCCAAGCUUCUCGGCUGUUUGGUCCAAAAUUAUCCACCUUGUCUCCCGAGACGACCCCGCUGUAACAGCUUUGACUUUCUCCAUCUUCGCCUUCGUUAGAGGCGUAGGAAACAUGAGUUCAGGUCCUAUCUCCGAAUCACUACUCAAAUAUGAUGUACUGCGAGGAGUCAUUGGUGCUUAUGGAUACAAGAACUAUGGUAUUCUCCUGAUCUAUACCAGUGUAACGAUUUUGACUGGUGGUGCUGCCGGAUUUUUCUUCAACAAGGUCCAGAGUGUAUAG